AUGAUGCGACAUAACAACCGCUUCGUCAAAUUGACCAACAGGAAUAAGACUGAACAUGGAACCCCAUGUGGGGAGAUAAAGGGGAAGAAAAAGGACCCCCCCAUGUCGCCGUCCUGUUCUUUUGCCAUUAGUCCCAUGAACGAGUUGCAAAAAAGCACGGGGAAUAAGGCGAGGAAAAAGAAAAAAAAAAACUCAAAUAAACAGGGUCAAGCUAGGAACGAUCCCAACCAUGGAGAUAGGUAUGAGAGCAAUCCCAGUCGGAACAAUCAAGACGGAACUGGUGACGACUCUGUUGUGGCUUCCAAGAAGGGAGAAGACACCGUUGACCAAACUCUUCUGCCCAAUGACGUAGUGCCAAUCAAAUCGCUACACAAGGAAACCAUUUUAAAUUACGAGGGGGAAGAAGUGCCGCACAACAACGAGACCCUACGGCGAGGUAGUAACAGUGCAGAGAAACUCCACGUUCUAGAUCGACAGGGUAACCACACGAGCAGGUCCCUUAACGGGAUGACUAGCUUACGCAGUAUGGCAUGCAGUGAUAGAAGCGGACGAAACGGACAAAAGGGACCACACAGCAACGGAGGUGACGAGGUCAUCAUGCCGCACAGCACCACAAAGAAGGUCAUAGUGGAGGGAGGUGUCAAAAUAGUGAAAAGUGAGGUGCGUGAUGUUGGGGCAGAAAAUGAGUCAGGCGCACCAGAAGGGGGCGAAUUGAAUCAGUCCAAACUAUGCCAAAUGGACUCGCCGAAACUAUGCCAAAUGGACUCACCCAAGCUGUGCGAAUUGGAUUCACCUAACCUGUGCGAAUCGGAUCCAACAAAAGCAUCUGCUUGGGACCCACCGAAGCCAAACGAAGCCUCUAUGAAAAGUACAAGCGGAAAAAGAAAAAAAAAAAAAAAAAAAAUAAAGUCCAAAUUGUUUCGAAAGAGUGUCCUGUACUCCAAUUACUCGGGCCCCGAUAUUCUUACCGCGCUGAAUCAGACAAAAUUGAAUUUGAGUUUUUAUCAGCGGGAGGUUGACGAUUUUUUGAGUGUCAUUAGGAAUUUGCAGAAUAUCGUCCUGAUCGAGCGAGAAAAGUACACAGAGCUGAAGGAGAUGCUGAAAUACACCACGGAGGAGAUCGAAAAGGAAAAUGCAAGGCUCUAUCAAGAAAUUCAUUCAUAUAAAGAAAAAUAUAACAAGCUCAGGAGGGUGAUAUCAAAUAUCGGUUAUGGUAUCCUCUUUAACCUACAUAAUAGGGAAAUGUCUACGUGUACCAAUAGGGAUAAUAUUGAUUUGGAGGCGGUUAAUGGGGACGAAAGACAUGAAGAAUACAGUGCACAGGUGAAUGAGUACGAAUACGACUAUGUGAUGGUGAAUGAGACGCUCUGUUCGGCCAACGGUGGGAGUGGUAAGGGUAAGUGUGCCAAGAGGGGGAGAAGCGGCAACACGUCUUCGCUGUUGAAAUACCUCGACUUUUGA